AUGGCAUUCCGACCGGACUCACCGGAGGAUGUUAAACCUCUGCUCCUCCAUCUCCCCUACUCGAUUCGACACCGCAUGUACUUGUAUGUGGGGGUCGUGCCAUGGGACCAUCAGCUCCCGUCCAUGAUUGACCUGCGGCCCCCCCGCAGACGAUAUGACCGAGUUAGCUUCCACGGGUUACUACUAUCUUGCCGAGUUCUCUAUGGCGAGGUGUCAAGACUACUUUACUCUUCCCAUGCUGCCAUCAUCCAUUACAGAUCCGUUUCCGGAAAGGACGCCGGCGCGUCUCCGUCACUUCAACCCCUUCGGAACCUUACCGACUCAUCACUCGCAUCAAUCAGGCAACUGAAGAUCGUGCUGAAUCAAAACGGAUGCCAUGAGACAAGGCCCGCGGACCCACGGAACGUUUGUUGGCGCUGCUGCGACUACCCCGGGACGACACAUUUUCAUUUCGGAGCCGACUACUGCAAACCUCACCUUCAUGACGAGCCACUACGAAGUUCUCAACACCUAUCUGGACCACUUUUGGACGAGCGGUGCCGCACGGUGCAGCAUUUGUCUUCAAGAAUCGGACCGGAUGUCCUAGAGCUUGCCUUGGUAUGCGACCUCGAUCACACUCUGGCUGACACCUGCCGUUCCCCCGAGGCCGAACUUCAUACACCAUCACCUUCGCCGGGUGCCACCGGCUUUCACAGCCUUCCACGGGAGUUACGACUUCAAACUCUAGAAUAUACCGAUCUUGUUAUUCCCUCGCGAGAAGUGAUGUGGACCAGAUUUGAACGGGCACAGCGCCAUUACUUUUCGGGAUGUCACGGCCCCGAAUACCCUCACGCCAGGCCACAAUUCUUGGGCCCUGGUACGCUGGGCUGUUUUUGCCGAGCUCGGCAUGCCUCUUUCUCGCCCAUAUGUCGCUGCUGGGCGCCACCUACCCCCUUAUUUCUUGUUUGCAAAGGUUUAACAGAAGAUGCGCGUUUUAUCUUCUUUUCCCAAAACCGAUUCGUCGUCAGCGACUCCUUAGCAGCACCCUGUACUUACUUUCCUCUUGACAUUCUCGCCAAUAGCCCGUGGCAUGAGCAUACGCCCGACUGGGCCGAGUAUCUGUCGAUUGGGCUGGGCGAGGCACCACCACCCAGCAGCUACCCAGCAGAGCGCCUUUCGGCAAGCUCCCUAAAUCACCUUCGCUUUCUCGAGGUUGUCUUCCCUCCAUACAAUCACAACUGCUGGCCAGACGACGCGCAUCCGGCAUUGGUAGAUUGGGCGGCGACCAUCGAUUGGCUCCAAGACAAGCUCAACAUCAACAAAUUGACCCUGAGGUUCACCGUAGCGGGGUCAGAGUUUUGGCCGCCCCAUGACACAGAUAAACGGGUGGGGUACGAUCGCGUUGCGAGGCCAUUAGGUUGCCUCGGACGCCGUAAGGGGGGGUUGGCCCGUUUCCAUGCGGAUUUGUCGUCACCGUGGAUGUGGUUCGGCUGGGUGAAUGAUGAAUACAUUCAUACGGGGGAGAGGCCCGAUAUCAACCUGGGGCAGCUCAACGAACACGUUGAACGUUUGGUUUUGGGAGAUCGCUAUGAUACUCGUGAGUCGGAAGGAGUGGAUAUGGGGAUUUGGCAGGAUAUUUGGGAGACCUUGCGCGUUUAG